CGUUAACGUUACUGGUUGAGUAUCUUAACCUAUCUCUUCAACUCUGAACGGUCCUGAAUACAUAACGUUACAGCGUUCACUACACCCAUUCACAUUCUACCAUCCACAACAGCACCACUAGCAUAACGUGAUGGCGGUGUUUGACAGGCCGAGUUAAGUUAACUUUAGCAACAGUAACGUUAACUUAAAAUACAUUAAACACGUUAAUUUGUGUUAGCUUACAUCACAACGUCACACACCAAUUAACGUUAGCCAAUAAAAGCUUGUGAUCAGGACUAAUGGAGACAACAGGGCUUUGUGAGAUUGAUGUGGCCACCAGAAGAAUAGUGGGAGGCAGUGACUCUCCACCCGACCUGGACAGCCCAUGUCAGGAGGAGGUUGCAGAGUUUGGUUUGGGCUUGUGCUGUGCUGAGGAGGAGGAGAGGGGGGAAACUCCAGGCAGAGAGGACAGUCCCAGCGACCUGGGAGAAGCAGAGCUCGACCCCGGAGGAGACCCCAAGACUGCAGAGGACAAGGCUUUUGGGAAAGAGGUUGUGCUUUUGAUGCAGGCCCUGAACUCCCUAUCCACUCCGGAGGAGAAACUGGCUGCUUUGUGCAAGAAAUAUGCAGACCUGUUGGAGGAGAGCCGCUGCAUGCAGAAGCGUCUGAAAGCCCUGCAGAAGAAGCAGUCUCAGAUUGUAAAGGAGAAGAUCCACCUGCAGGGGGAGCACAGCAAGGCCAUCCUGGCCCGCAGCAAGCUUGAGAGCCUCUGUAGGGAGCUGCAGAGACACAACAAGACGCUGAAGGAGGAAAACGCCCAGCGGUCCAGAGAGUACGAGGAGCAGAGGAAGGAGGCCAUGCUGCACUUCCAGAUGACCUUGAGUGAUAUCGAGGUGCAGAUGGAACAGCAUAGCUCCCACAACACCAAGCUGAGGCAGGAGAACGUGGAGCUGGCCGAGAAGCUCAAGAAGCUCAUUGAGCAGUACGAGCUCCGAGAGGAGCACAUAGACAAAGUGUUCAAGCACAAGGAGCUGCAGCAGCAGCUGAUGGACGCCAAGCUGCAAAGAAUCACAGAGAUGAUGAAAGAAGUCGAGGAGAAGCAGCAGAGAGAGAGAGACUUUCUGCUGAAGGAUGCCACGGAGUCCAGACGCAAGUGUGAACUGAUGAAGGACCAAGAAACUCAGCUGAAACAACAGCUCUCCCUGUACAUGGACAAGUUCGAGGAGUUUCAGAGCACUCUGGCUAAAAGCAACGAGGUCUUCACAACUUUCAGACAAGAGAUGGAGAAGAUGACCAAGAAGAUCAAGAAGCUGGAGAAGGAGACGACACAGUGGAGGACCAAAUGGGAGAGUAACAACCAGGCGCUGCUGCAGAUGGCUGAGGAGAAAACUCUGCGUGACGGACACUUCAAGGCCUUGCAGGGGAAGCUGGAGCUGCUGGAGAGGCUGUGCAGAGCCCUGCAGAAGGAGAGGAAUGACCUCAAUAACCGGCUCAGCCACCUCCAGGAGCAGGGAGACAAAGAGACCACAGCACCUGCUGAAGCCCAGCCACAGGAGCCAUCAGCUGGGGAAGAGGAGGAGGAGGAAGAGGAGGAGGAGGAGGUGGAGGGCUUGGCACGGUGCAUCAGGCUGGAGACGGAGGGUAUCCACCAAGCUCCCAGACCACCUGAAAUGGACCCCACACUGGCUGCUACUGACACAAGCACUACUGCUACGGAGACCAGCCAGCCUGCAGAAACAGCAGCCACAGCGCAGGACUGAGCGAGCCUACACGGCCUGUGUAGGUGAGACGGGUGGGACAGGGCUCCACACCCUCCGGCCUAGUUCAUAACUAUCCGGAAAAAUGAUCUUUAAUGGAGAUAGAUUUCAUUUCUUUUUUAAUUCUAGACUUGCCUCUCCAGGUCUCUACAUGGAAACUGAACCCAUAUCUUUUUUGUGCGAUAGUAAAAAUAAAAUGAUAGUAUCAAGGAUUGUAUUCUACCUUUACAUUGGUUGUAAUAAUUGGCUUUGUGGCGAGCGCUUCGUACUCCCUGUUUUCUACCACAACUGUAUUUUCAUAGGGAAUAUCCAUGCAGUCAGACUGAAAGUCAAAUUGGCCUUUUUUUUAUUUCUCUCUUCACAUGGUCUCUCCCUGUAUCAUGUCUCAUUGGAAAUCCUAGUUUGAUUAAAUUCAAAAGUGCUGAUAUCAGUUGCAUAUUGUCAUAGGUCACUUUUUAUGAAUGUAGCCUUACAGCCAGAAAUGUGAUCAGAAAAGCUGGACGAGGAAACGGGACGUAGAGUAAAACAAGUGCAAACAUAUCCAUGUUGUGAUAAAAACAAUAGGAAGUAAUAAUAAAUCUUCCUCGAUCAGAUCACUCAGCAAAAUGAAUCUGCAUGACGUGAAGUAGGUGCUGAGAACUUGUGGGACAGUUAGUAAGCUACUGUGCCUGUCGAGCCACGAUGGCCCACCAAGCUGGCCACUUUGCUGAGUUCUGAAGCUGGCCCAGGCCGGCUCCGUCAGUAAACUAGGCUAUCGUUUGCUUUGCAAAUGGAAAUAGAGAAAACUAGUGGCUGAAAACAUAAUCAUGACACCAAACCACCUGAGACGCAACAUGUCGAAGCAUUUUAGAUUCAACAGCGAAGAUGGCGAAAUUGUGGAUAAAAGUCAGGCUGACGGUCACGUGAGGUAGAGGAGGCCAAGCAGAUGAUUCUGUAACAUAGUUCAGAAUCAGUCUAUGUGGAUUUCACUCAGAUACAUUUAACAAAUCAUGUGUUUGUUUGAACUUCAUUUUUGGAAAUAGUGACAGCCCUACUGGCUAGCUUUGUUGCUAAUUUAACGUAAAACAUUUAUACAAUGACCAAAACCAUCUUUAGAAUUAGCCGCCUUGUACAGGAAGUUAGCAGCUUCAGAGUUGAUCUUUCCUCGUCUGAACAGCAGUGUUUGGUAACUUAUAGCUCUACCAGAUCACCACAAGAAAGGAUGCCAUUAUUUUUGCUAUUUAUGGGUGGAAAUUUUUCCAACAGCCAUUCAAUGGAUCUGUAUUCUGUCAUUUCCUCACUUUCAAAUUCUACAGGGUAUUAGGGCCACGGUCGUGGUGGUGGUAGGGAAUCUGAAAUAUUUUGAGAAAGGGGCCAUAAUGUUUUGAGAAUAAAGUUGAAAUUUUGACCAAAAACAGUCACAUUUCAGUAAUUUGUUUUUUCAUGGGAGAAAGUAAUAAGUCAUUUAUUAUAUAUUGUUAUUUUUGUUCUUGUUUUCCUGACAGUGACCCUAAUACGCCAUCGUUUAACAUGUCAAUCUGAACACAAGGGGCUAACAGGAAAUGAUUCUGGACAGCAUGCAGAAGACUAAACCCAGUGCAAGGGUGCAUUUCAUGUCAUGUGUAAGUUAAUGUGAGUGUGGCAGUACUAUGUGAUGAAGCCUCUGAGCCCGCGCUUAUUCCAGAUACACAAGUUGCUCUUCUGUUGUAGUUGACACUCGAGGGGUGUUUGCUGCGCCCAGUCAUCGAGCCACGUGUCAUUUUGAACGGCACUGUGGGAUAUGCAUUAUUAAAACUCAGGUCAACCAGGACUGAAUCUCAUAAUCUGAGUAUUACCUCCCAUUGUUGUUUUGUGUCCCUAGAACACAUUUAAAUCUGGAAUAAUCCCACCAUCACCAACCGUCAACUAAAAUGAUGUAAAGAGCUGAAAGCUCAGUACAUAUGCAACAAGUUUAUUUAAAUCUGCAUCUCAGUUUCUUUUAAUGGACCAUUUGAUUUUCAUAUGGUCAGCUCAGCAGGCUUACAGAGAAGCGCCAAGUCAGAGUUGGGGUGUAAAGAAUAAAAACCCCUCAAAUCAAAUUCCAUCACACACUUGCAUCAAAUCUUUAACCCGGCUCUCUCCAUUACCCACGGCAACAGCACAUAAUGUAGGUGGUGUUCUGCAGCGGGCCCAAACGAUCUUUAAUAUGAAAGCGUGUCCUUCUCGACGCAGACAUCUAACCAGCUAUAAUUGCUUUAUCUUCAUCCUUAUUCUUUUAUUUGUGUGCAAGGGUAUAACUAAGACUGAUCCAAGUGCAGCACGUUUUGGCAAGAAGAGUGCUUGUUACUCUGUGGUGAAGGACCCGAUUCCCACAGCACUGUUUAACCUGUAGCUCCAAGCAUCUGCUCUUGAAGUGGCUGUACUUUUUGAACUCCGUAUAUUGUAAAGUCGGUGGGAAUCACAGGGGUGGACUGACAAAUAAUUUUCAUUAACAAAUAUGUAGACUGCCUGCCUGCUGGAUGAUCUGUGUGUAACUGGGUAUGUUCCCCGAGACGUUGCCCUGCGGUCUGAUUUAUUUGAUGCAACUUCUUCUGGACUUUCUACAUUUCUUCUCUUGUUUAAUCUCAGAUUGUGUGGAUUUAAAACCAAAACUGAUGUGAACAUGUACAGGGUCAGGUGGUGUGCGCAUUAUUUUUUUCAGUAUGGGACAGGUCUAAUCACGCCUCUGUUUGGUGUUGCCCCAGAUUGACUCUCAGGUAAUGUCAGAAUCUACCUCUGCAUGUGAGACUAACUGUGAAAGAAGAGAAAAAGGAGCCCAUCCCCCCCUCUGAUUGUACAAUUUUCUUAUAGCCCUGUCUUUCUUUUCAAUAAACAUUUUGUAGAAUUUGCAA